AUAUAUAUAUAAUACAACUCGUUGAAGAAUCUCAGAUAUAUUUUAAACCAGAGAGAACCGAACAAGCAUCAGUGAUCAGAUAAACCGGAGAUAACCGAUAUAAUGGCGGACAUAGCGAUUUUGGUUGCGGAGGAGUACGAGAGGAGGAUGAGCAUGAGCCGGCAUACGGCGGUUUCCACAUCUGCGGCCCCGGCGGAAUUCGAUUGGAGGAAAAUAGUUUCGGCGAAGAUGACUGUCGCAAUUGACAAGUUGAAUUUUCAGAGUUUGAAGAACAUCUCCGAACCUAAAUCUGAGUUUGCAAUCGCCGUCUCUCAUGGCGUCUUCUCUCCUUGAUUCCCAUAGUUUCGUUUUUGUUCAUAGCUAAUUUGUUUUCCUUAACCUAUGCUUUCUUUUCUUUUCUUUUUUUUUGCUUUGUGAAGUUUUAUGUAAAAUAACUUAAAGUAUGUGUAAAUGUAUUAAUCAAAUUAUGUGUUCAUAUAA